ACUAAGUCUGUGGAUUUAGUCUGCGAUUGACAUGCACAGAGAGUGUGCGUAUUGUGGUUGCGCUUAAAAUAUUAUUUCAUUUCUUUUUACGAAACGCUAUAUAUAUCAGAGAUAUCUACAGUUACAUUUUUAUCUAGACUUACUUGGUGAUACGGUACAGUGUAACUAGAAAUUAUGCCGGACAUGAAAUAUAUUUUGGUCACUGGUGGAGUGAUAAGUGGAGUUGGAAAAGGUGUGAUUGCUAGUUCUUUUGGCACAAUUUUGAAAAGUUGUGGUAUCGAUGUAACUUCUAUAAAAAUUGACCCGUAUAUAAAUAUCGACGCUGGAACAUUUUCUCCAUAUGAACAUGGUGAAGUUUACGUUUUGGAUGACGGAGGCGAAGUUGACCUUGAUCUUGGCAAUUACGAGCGGUUCUUGGAUAUAACGCUGCAUAGAGACAAUAAUAUCACUACCGGCAAAAUAUAUCAGCAAGUUAUAGAACGUGAGAGACGAGGCGACUAUCUUGGCAAAACUGUACAAGUAAUCCCCCAUAUAACUGAUGCUAUACAAGAGUGGGUACAAAGGGUGGCUCAUAUUCCAGUAACAGCUGAUAAUGCCCCACCGAGAGUAUGCAUUGUGGAACUCGGUGGAACUAUUGGAGAUAUAGAAAGCAUGUCUUUUGUUGAAGCAUUUAGACAAUUCCAAUUCAGGGUGAAAAGAGAGAAUUUCUGUUGUGCUCAUGUUUCAUUGGUACCGAUGCCCAAGUCUACUGGCGAACCAAAAACAAAACCGACACAGUCUUCUGUAAGGGAACUCAGAGGAUUAGGUUUAUCACCAGACUUGAUAUUAUGUCGCUCAGAGAAACCUAUCAAUCAUACAGUGAAAGAAAAAAUCUCCAAUUUCUGUCAUGUUGCACCAGAACAGGUUUUAUGCAUUCAUGACUUAAGUUCAGUAUACCACGUACCUUUACUUAUGGAGUCUCAAGGACUAGUACAGUAUAUAAAUGAAAGACUACAACUGAAUAUAUCUAUGCCACGCCCUGGAAGGUUCAUGCAGAAAUGGCGAAACCUUGCUAAACGCGUAGACAAUCUACGUAAGGAAGUGAACAUAGCCCUCGUCGGCAAAUAUACAAAGUUAGAAGACAGCUACGCUAGUGUCACAAAAGCUCUACAGCAUGCUUGUAUUGCUGCUGGUUGUAAGCUGAAUCUUACCUAUAUAGAGGCUGUGAAUCUAGAGAAACAAACUAAAAUAGAUGAUCCCGUUGGUUAUCACAAAGCUUGGCAAGACCUCUGUAAAAGCGAUGGCGUGAUUGUACCCGGUGGUUUUGGCCAAAGGGGGAUGGAAGGCAAAAUUGAAGCAUGUCAAUGGUGCCGUGAGACUCAGAAACCUAUUCUCGGUAUUUGUCUUGGACUCCAAGCUGCUGUAAUUGAAUUUGCCAGAAACGUUCUGGGCUUGAAAGGGGCCAAUACAACUGAAGUGAAUCCCAAUUGUGAGGAUCCACUGGUUAUAGACAUGCCCGAACAUCACCCUGGAAACCUUGGUGGUACUAUGCGUUUGGGCAAGAGGAAGACUUAUUUAGAGCCAAGUGUAAUAACUCGUCUCUAUAAUAGAGACGUAAUAGAAGAACGUCACAGACAUCGAUAUGAAGUUAAUCCAGAAUACAUAGACAGGCUUGAAGCCGCUGGUUUACGGUUCGUUGGCAAGGACGAAAACCGUGUUCGCAUGGAAGUGGCUGUGGUAGAAAAUCACCCAUAUUAUGUAUCUGUUCAAUUUCAUCCGGAGUAUCUGUCGCGGCCACUCUCGCCGAGUCCGCCGUUCUUAGGACUUAUAUUAGCUUCGCUCGGCAAGUUAAAAAGCUACUUAUCCAAAGGGUGUCGUUUUAGCCCUAGAAAUCAAUCCGACGUCAGUUCAGACGAAGAUGACGACUUGUGUUUAAGUGACGAGAACGAUAAAACAAUAGUAGAAAACGGUAACGCAAAACAAUUGAAUGGUUUUAGUAAGUUAACUAUAGAGGAAUAAGUUUAAACUUUUAUUUUAAAGUAAGAUUAUUUUAAGUAUCCUAUUCUUAGUUAGUUAGGGUUAAUGUGUUAACAUUAUAUUGUUUUGUUUUUAAAGAAAUAAAAUUGAAUUUAGUUUAUAAUGCUUUUUAGAAUUCUUGUAUUUUGAGUAAAUAUUUCGUAUUGAUCAAUUUUAUUUGCAAUACUUUUGCUUGUUGACUCAUUUUUAUUGCUUUCCGUAAAACUAAUUUCAAUAAAAUAUUCAACAUCUAUAACGUUCAAUAGUUGAUAAUAAUAUAUGUUGAAAUGUUCAUACAUUUAUCUAUUAACGUUUUGCUAACACAAUUUCAAAUGAUUCAUUAAUUAAUUUAUAUUUAGUCUUUUCACCAAUCACAAAUUCACCAAUUCGAACUUUGAACCAAUGUUCAAGGAUUUAGUGAUAUUACUAUAAAACUAUACAAUAAUAUAACGAGUCUUAAAAAUCGAUAAAUUACUGGUAUGAAAUAUCGAGAUUUUUCUUCGGAAUUUCAAUCUUUAUCAACUAUUAUAAUUUUAUUUAAAUUUUGUGUACCCAUGAGGUCUCAAAAGAUCGUGAGAUGCGAAUCUCUCGGAAGA